GCGGGGCCGAGGCGGGACCACGUGCGCCCGGUGCCGCGAGCGGGGCGGCGCCGCAGCCCGCCCGCCAUGCCCGCCGCGCCGCCGUGAGCCCGCGAGCCGCGCCAUGGGCCCGGACCUGGGCUGGGCCGCGCUGGUUCUGCUCUUCGCCGCCUCGCUGCUCACCGUGGCGGCCUGGCUGCUUCAGUACUGGCGGACCGCGGCCCUGCGAGCGCUACGGCGUCGCGGAGCAGCGGCGGAGGAGGCCGGGGCCCGAGCGCUGCUCGCGGCGCUUCUUGCCCUCAGAUCCCUACGGGAGCAGUGGCAGCGAGCUUGGGUGCGAGCUCUCAACAGCCAGGCGCGCCGGCACGGGAGUUCGGUGCAGAUAACGUUUGAAGAGGGUCAUCAGUUACCACAAGCCGCAAAUAUAAGUUGUGUGACAUGCAAGGGACAGUCAGACCACAGCAUAGUGCUGUGCUGCCAUCUGUCAGCUGAAGCUGUGAAAUUCCCUGUCUCUGUUACUCAGCAGUCCCCAGUUGCUGUUUCUGUGGACACAUAUCAUGUCACUUUGGCUGUGCUGCAGGCUCAGGUGGAAAUCCACUUGGAGGAGAUACAGAAUGAGGGUCUUCUGGUGUCAUGGACAUUCAAAGACAGACCAGACUUGGACUUUCUGGUUCUUCCGCGACUUGAGCUUCCUGAGGAUGAACGGAGAGCAGAUCUGUCCACUAUAAAGGAUCUGAUUGAGGAUACCAUUGUCAGCACGAAGCCAGCCAUGAUGGUGAAUUUGAUGGCCUGCACCGCUGGAGCCAGUGCAGUACUCAGCAAUAAGGUGACUCGAGAGUCCCCGUCCGGAGCAGCAGCAGCAGCCCCUCUGGGUUCUAAGCUGUUGCUCCGGAAUCUUCGAGUGCUGAACUUGGGCUGCCAGGGGAAGGGAGGAGUUGGGGAGAUACGCUGCGUGGCAGAGCUUGACAGCCCCCCACAGCAGAGGUGGACAAGGCCAAUGACAGGUAGCAGUGUCGGUGCUGCAGGAGAGAUGGAGUGGAAUGAUGAGUUCUUUCUGGAGUUGGGACCUAGAAGCAAAGAGCUGAAACUGCAGGUGCUGGGGAACAGCGACAGAGGGAGAAAUGUGCUGCUGGCAUAUGCCACACUUUUGAUAGAUUCUUUGGGCAAACAGCCAUCUGGCAGACAGGUCUGCUCACUGGCCCCAGGAGCUGGACAGUCACUGACAGCUGAAGCUACCAUUACAUUGGAGCUGCUGUUCCAGGAGUCUCCUGCAUCUUUGAAUGCUGUGCAUGCCACAUCUCUGCGAACCAGCAUUACCCCCACUAAGAAGGUGGAGAUGGACCGGACCAUCAUGCCCGAUGGCACCAUCGUGACUACUGUCACCACAAUUCAGUCCCGACCCAAGGCAGACUGCAAACUGGAUUCACCAUCGAGGUCGCCUUCCAAAGUGGAAAUGACUGAAAAGAAGACAACAGUGCUCUUGGAGACUGGCUGUCCUCACAGCCACUUGUCCAGCGGUAGCCGGAAUGGCCAUAUGCCUAAUGGAUUGGAUCCAGUGGCCGAGACAGCAAUCAGGCAGCUAACUGAGACGAAUAACAAGACCACCAAGAAGACACCAACAAAACGUAGUACACUGAUCAUCUCAGGAGUGUCCAAGGUACCUAUUGCUCAAGAUGAAAUGGCACUUUCUCUGGGUUAUGCUGCAUCCCUGGAGGCCACAGCAUGUGGGGACUCUGAGGCAGAGGGCACAGCUGACCACGUGCACGAUUUUACCGAGUUGUCGCAGCCACUGGAAGCGUUGCCGUUGGGCCAAAGGGACAGCCAGGAGCUGGAUGAGACAACGCGAUCAGACGUCUCUGAAAGACCAUCCGUGGAAGAUGUUGAGUCUGAAACUGGCUCCACGGGAGCCCUUGAGACGAGGAGCUUGAAAGAUCACAAAGUUAGCUUUCUUCGGAGUGGUACCAAGCUCAUCUUCCGGAGAAGGAGCAAGCAGAAGGAAGUGGGCCUGAGCCAGUCACACGAUGACUUGUCCAAUGUCACUGCCAACUCCACCACCAGAAAGAAAACUGGUAGCUUCUCUCACCGCCUCAUCAAACGCUUCUCCUUCAAGUCUAAAUCCAAACCCAAAGGUAGUGACAGCACAUCAGCUUGUGAGAACUGAAGCAGGGAGAAGCCCAUUGGAAGGAUUUCUCAGAGAUCAUUUUCUAGUCUCUUGUCUUCCCACUCCAUGGUAUCUGUGACUUGCAGUCCAGUUCUUUCCAGCCUUGGCUGAGGGAAGACACCCCAGUGCUUUCUGCCAAUUGGGGAGCGGAGGUGGCAAACCUGGGACUUAAGUUUGGCUUGCCUUGGCUUAGCCUUCUCUUCUUGUUGUACCCCACUGUGCUCUCCCAGAAAAUCCCGGUGGUAUGCUGAUCCCCCUGGGGUUCCCUGGACCUGCAGAAGUGAUUCGGUGUGUGUAGACGUCUGGCAUCAUCAGGUGCCUCAUGGAAGCAAGAGGCAGGUCUCUCCAGUGGCAACCUUCAGAGUUAAAAUCAAGAAGCUACUGGGUUAGCUGGAGUGCCGAGAAGUGUGGGAUGUAGCCUCACUCAGCUCUUCUAAUGAUAGAGAAUGAUGCAGCCACUGAUAAUCUAAAUACUGUUAAUGCUUGUGCUUGGUGCAGAGGCUGUAACCUGAGGUGUGCUGCAGGGUGAUGCGUUCUGGGCCGUGAGCUGUCAGAGGACAGCUGGCAGAGCUGCAGUCCUCCAUCUGUCUCUGCCAUUGGAAUGGUCUCCUUCAGACAGCACUGAGGAACCCCUGUUUUCUGUGCUGUGUUGGUGAAGGAGGAAGUCCCUAAGAAGAAGGAAGUUUUAACCACUGCACAGGUUUUUGUAGAAGCCCGAGCCCUCGCAAGAAUGCCUGGACAGUGCUGUCAGUUCUGCCACCCUGUGCAGCCACCCUGUGACACUACACUCCUUCCACGUCUGUGUUCUUGAACAGGCAGGGGCUUGUACACCAUCUACUGUAUGAGUAUAUCCCUUACUCUUGGGGGAGGCUGGGGAUGUUGCCCUUGUUGCCCAAGGGCUGCCAGGCGCUCUUCCAGACCUGCCGAGCGUCCGGUUUCAUGCUGUCAUGGCUCUCGUGCCAAGAACUGGCACUGUGCUGGGGAUGGAUGGCAAGGAAUGUAGUGAAACUCUGAUGGGGAGCCUAAAGGCACGGGGCAGAAAGAGGCAAGAGUUUACAUGUUAUCACUGAUGGGUUUCCUUUAGUAAAGAGAAUCUUUCUAGAUUGCAUUUGGUAUUUCCUUUCUUCUUGCAAACACAAUCAGCCCUGUUCAAACAGAGGGCAUUUGCAGAGAGGGAGAGGCGUACAGGGGAAAAGAGAAUCCCUGUGCAGGAGGAGACUGUCCUUCUGGAGAAACAGUUGUCUGGUCUCCUGGCCCGUACACAUUUUAUCUGUAAUAUCCCCAGAAGUUCCUUCACGCAGCACAUAACAAUGCUCUGGAGAAAUGCUCCUGCCCUGUCAACAUGCCUGGUUUGAAAGAAGGCUCCCACUCUCCUGUGGGUUGUUGAGUUAAGGAGGUGGGACAGAGGGGAGGAAAAACCUCACAGAAGAGCUAUUUCCCAGGCCCAACUGGAUUCUCUAGGUCUGCUCUUCCACUGGAGUACCUCGUGUUCUGGUGUCUGUUGCCCUUCCUUAUGCAGGAUGCUGCCAACUGGAAAAAGCAAUUCUCUUGAUGGUGCGGGUAAAAUGUGUUUCUUGGAAGGGCAAACCCUGAUUUGCUGAUACUGCUACUGUGUGCCAUUUCUAAGGACCAGAACAUGUUCAGUGUGCUACAGCAAAAGAGUUUACAGGCAGCUGUUUCUUGCGUGUUUGUACAGGUGGGGAAGGCCAGAAUUAGCAGGGGUGUAGUUGAAAGUGCCAGUGUGUGCUUGCAGGAGGGACUCUUGGCUGUUUUUCCUGCUGAUUUCUCACAUGCCUGGGAAUGUAUGAGUCCAAAAAAUCGUAUUGGUUCAGCUGCCUGACCAGGAACCUCUACGUGUGUUCUGGUCUGGGAGUCUUCGUUAUCCCUAGGCUCUGUCAUGUCUUUUGUCCUUUGUUUCUUUCCUUGUCCGCAUGGCACUGUGGCUUUGUUUGCACUUCCAUGUGCUACGGAUGUCAGAGAACUCUGUUCCUUGCUAAGGAUCAUUUUCCUUGAUGCGAGUGACUGGUUUGUGCUACAGUGCUGUUGGAACUUGGCCAUCUGUAAUUUGCCUGUAGCAAUCCAGCCACUGGUUUCACACAGCCUUCUUUUGCUGGGUUGGUAUGGUGCUGUCCUUCUCAGGCACACCCUUGUUCCCAAAGUCUCAGAGCUUGGUUUCGAUUUGGUAUUCUAUCUCACACCAUCCUCUCUAUGUCUUGUAGCUGCAAAAGUACUUUAUGUUCCGUUUUUUGAUUUUAUUUAUUCGUUUUAACAGCAUUUCAAGGUACUAAACCUUGAAGAUUUGAACCAAGACAGCCCCACUUCUCUGGUGAAAGCCUUGCACUAGAAAUGCUGGUUUCAGUGAAGAGCUUGCAGCUCUUCAAUUUUGGGUUAAUCAAGGACCUGCGGUGAGUCUCAUAUGAUAGUCCCAUGUGUUUUUCUUUGAACUGUAAAAGCAGCUUGAGCUCUCUUGCUGUGGAAUAGCUGGAGUCACCACCAUUCUUUGGAAUCAGGGAUCUGAGGCUUGUGUACACAAGGAGGACUGUGAAGGCUAGCCAGUGUUGUCACUGUAGGCUGGAGGCAGGAAAGGCAAGGUUUGUAUCUGACAAACACAUACCUAGAUCCUUGACCAGCAUAUUUUGGUCUGGCUUGGAGGAGGAGGUGGUAGGAAAGGGAGUAAAACAGAAGCUCGAGUUAGUCACUGGCCUUGGGGACCCUUUCUAGCCAUGUUAAAUGGGCAGUUCCUGUCAUAUGUCUGUGGCUUUCCUGUUUUGUUCCUGGUUUGUUGGCUGCGAGUGACUUGCUGAGGAGGUGUGGUUUUUGAUUUUGAACUUGAUGUGGCAGAAGACACCUGCACUGUGUUUGGCAAAAUGAAUGGCACAUGGGAACCAUGCCAGUAAGGGCAUAUCUUCCCUUGAAUUUUUAGCAGCGUUUUUUACCACAGAGAGUAAAUUGUCCUGCAAAUCUGUAUCUGGUUAGUCAGCUUGCAAAGGAAAGGGAUGUUGUCAAAGUGUUGACAGAGCACAUCCCCAAGCAUUAGGUCCUACAUGUGUUUGUAUUUCCUAGAGGAGAUUUACUUCCUGGCAUUUUGUUGCUUCUCAAAGUUGUACAGCAUAGGGGCGGUAUUGUAACCUUUUAUUGUACCUUUUAUCUUCUCUGUAAGUGCAGACUGUUUUUCAGGGUGUUUGGCAGAAGUGAUAUUUGGGGAACAGAGGGGUAGCAGGGCAUGGGUCUGCUGUGUGCACUGGAAAUUUUGUGGUUCAGAUAUGCUCCUCAUUAACCAUGUUGAUCUUUCCUCUUCUUAUUUGAACAAGGCUUUCUUUCUGGCCUGCAGAGGUGUUUUCAUUCCUCAGGCAGUAGGUGCUGGUUUUGUUAGUCCUGACUAUGAGAGCACAGGUAACCCUUCCUGGUUUCUCAAAGGCAUGAAUGGUGAUGAAUCCGCCUCAUGGUGGAGGUGUGAUUAUUGGUGUUAGAAACAAUUUGUCUAUCCUAAUCUCAGAUGGAAAGAGAAGGUCACAUAAAGUUUUGCUCUCCAGAAGCUGCUAAGACAAGGUCCCCAGGAAUUUCCCCCCAUAGAAUGGCUGCUUUAAGAAACCUCUUUUGUAUUUAAUCCCCACUCCUGUUUCUGGCUUUAGGGCAAAAGAAAUGCUAUUUGAAAUCUACUCUCCCUGUUUAACUUCUUCCAGAUACCUGUGCCCUUGCCUUGGUGCUGCUGUGGACUCUGGCAUUUUGUAAUGCCUGGGACUACAAAGCAGCCCCAUGAAUGGCCCAGGCUACCAUCAAACUUUUUAAGCUUGAAUGAUCUGCAGUUGGCAGAUUGUUGUCUCAGGGUAGGCUCACUAUUUGCACCUUAUGAAAUUCACCAAAUACGUGGCAGAAGAGGAGCAGCAGAGCGGUGGGCUUGAAUGCAUGGAGGCUUCAACCUGCAUAUGAGGGCCUGCAUUCCAGACGCUGUGUUUUGCUACUGGCAUUUUGUUGAGAUUGUUUUCAGUUUUUCUUUGUUUUGGUUUGCUUGGAGGGUUUUUUGUUUGUUGGGGGUUUCUUGUUUGUGUGUUUUGUUUUGUUUGUUUUUUCCUAUUUUGGCUGAACAGUUUUAUUAGAAUUUACCUAUGCUGUGUAUUUUUACUUCUCUGAAGAAAAUAGAUUAACACCAGCUAUAAGCUGUAAGUAUGCUUGUAAGUAUAUUCCUGUCUGGAUACAUCUUCUCCCCAUGCUUAGGCAAGGUUGUUCAGGAGUCUCAUCAUCCACAAAGUCCUCACUGUUGGCCCAUGAGAGAUAUCCUUUUGAAUCAGUGGAAAAUGGACGCAGGAAAAAUGGAGGCAACCUCAAAACCUCAGUGUUCUGGGGGUGCCAUAGGAUUUAGCAUGAUGGAUGUCUGAGGCCAGAGGAAUUGGGUGCAUGGAUGUGUGUUUGCAUGUGCUUGUAAUUGGAGCAUACUCUGCACUUGCCUGUACUGGUAAUGGUGCAGAGUGACUGAUCCAUAGAUGGGACAGGAGAGUGGCUGGACCAGCUUCUGUGGCAUUCAUUCUGUUUUGCACAGACUUCUGCAGGGGCAGACCUGAGCAAGCAAGCCCAAUUCCUUCCUCUUGCAAACACCCUCAUUCUGCUUAUGCAGUUGAGGGUGGGGUUUUAGGCAACUUGACUAAAAUGGGGAAGAGUGAGGGGAGACAACCUGGGUGGAGAGCAAGUUCAGUGGAGGGGAAUAUAAUGAAAACUUCUUCAAACCAUGGGCACAUGCUAUUUUUAGACUAGAACUGGGCAUAUGACAAAUGGUUUUGUUAGUUUUUUGGCUUUAAAAAUGCAAUAGCUUCUCUUCUGUAGGUUGCUGAAUCUACAGAGAAGUAAUUUCUGAGUAGCUGAGCCUUUUGCACUGUUCUCUCCAUCCCACCUCCCCUCCUGCUGGGUCACGGUGAGUCUCAGGGUAGAGUAACAGUCCCAGUGGUGGACACACUUCUGGCAAUGGUGUGCUUGUGACAGCACAGCUCCUUCUAUAGGCAUGACUGCUCCACAUCACCUUUCCUUGCUUUGUAAGGUAUGGGACCAAAUACCCACACGAAAUUUGAACUAGCGCCCCUCCUUGCGUGUGCUCUUUUGUACUUCAAUGCUUUCUGUCUGGGUGGAUUAUUUUGACUGCACAUUGUUCUGGUGGAAAAUAAUUGGAACUGUGUAGCUAAUAAUGAAAAUAAAACUAUGUAUGACUAAAUGAAGUUCUUGCACCUUUGUAAAUCUCAAAGAAGAGUUCUAUUGCUGUGUAAAGACUGAAUCUGUUAACUUAUUAAACAACAUGAAAAUCAAAGCCUGAGUCUGACUUCAUACCUGGUGUAGUGCUGUGAAUUUCCCUCCAAUGUAUCCUUGCCUCCCCUAAAUUCUCCCACUCAAAUGAUGGCAAACUGUGUAAUCCCAUGCAAGCGUCUGUAACACCCCAAAACAUUUAAACGUAAGGGGGCAAGCUGAGAUUCCUUUUACUCUGGGUUGGCAAUCGUUCCUGAGGAGCACCGACAGCUGUGGUAACGGAGCGGUCAAGGUGAGAGCGACAGUGAAUUUUUGUGUAAGCUUAGAACUCUCAGAAUUUCAGCCUGAAAAUCCUGGGAAUUUCAGCCCCAAAAUAUUUGGAAUUUCAGCCUUGAAAACCUGGGAAUUUCAGCCCCAGCAUCCUGGGAAAUUUAUGACUCAAACCCUUGAAAUUCUGGCCCCAAAAACCUGGGGAUUUCAAGCUUAGAACUCUCGGGAUUUCAGCCUAAAAAUCUUGGGAAUUUUAGCCCCAAAAACCUGGAAAUUUUGGCCUCAAAAUCCUGGAAUACUCAGCCCUAACCCCUGGGAAUUUCAGCCAUAGAAAUGUGGGGAUUUCAGCCCCCAAAAUGUGGGAAUUCCUGCCCCAAAAUCUUGGCAAUUCCAGCCCCAAAAUCCUGGAAGUUUUAUGACCCAAGCCCUUGGAAUUCUUUCCCCCAAAAUCUGGGGAUUCCAAGCUUAGAAAUCUCAGAAUUUCAGCCGAACAUUUCCCAGGAUAUAUUGCUGUAUUUUGCCUGAACUCUUCUGCUAUGAAAGAGCUGCCGAAAGAUACUACAAUAUUUCUACUUCUAACGUACAGAAGUUUUGUUGUUUCUAUGAAAUCGUUGCUUAGGUCUCUGCCAGACACUUGGGCUGUCUGAACACCUGGUGCCUGCAGCUGCAGUGUCUCUCCCUGCAUGGAUCUGCAGAGGUCCCUCAUCAGCUGAAGCCACCAGAGUUCCACACUGAUGCAGGAGGAGCAUCUUUGCCUUUGGAGUGGGAGCUCUGCUCACUGUGCAGUGAAAAUUGCCCUUUCCCUGCGUUUUGUUCAGUCAGCUUAAAGCACAAAGUGCUUGUUAGUUUUCACAUCUGUGCUGGACCUCAUUCAACAAAUGAUGAAUCAUGGGUGUGUUGUGCUUCUAUCCUCUUUCACCUUUAUCACCUGCUAAUUUUGGAACUUGCAGUUUAUAAUUACAGCGCCAUGCCAGGGCUCUUGGCUUGGGAAAGGAGAGUGUUUUAAAGGGAAGCUUAAUGGCUGCGUUUUGGUUGAAUACACCGUGAAGAGCUGAGCCUGACCUACAUUAAAAUCUUAGAGAACUCUUCAUUCUGCAGAUGAAUAGAGGGUCCUAACACUGAGGGGAAGGUACAUACCAAUUUCUCUAAACCUCUGGGAUCCACAGAAAUAGAAAUGGAAGGGGUUUUGUGGGACCUCUCAGUGCUUGUUUCAGGAUGUUAUGUGGAAGUGCACUUUGUCAGGGUUUGAAUUAAUGCCUGCUGCUGUAAACUGGACUAAGCAGACAAUUUGAUUUGCCCUAAAACAUCUCCUGAAUGCCAGCAGAUUAAAGGCCACUUCCAUAUCACAUGUUUAAUUUGUUGUUAAGUAGUAUAGGUAAAAGAACAGCUGAUUAAAUUAUUUGCAAGAUUUUUCUGAUGCUGCAUCAGAGAGUUCUGUAUUUUAAGCAGAAGACAUCCCUGACACCUCGGUUCAGAGUCUGUAUCUAUUAUACUUUAGCCAUGAAGAGGGCAAGCUUUUGAUAAAGGGGAGGAAAAUUAGAGAAUAAUUUCCUUUCCUGAGGCUGCACCUACAAUCAAAGGAGAAUAUCAACUAUUACAAAACCCCGAGCAUGGGGAAUUUUACUCCAGAGGAAGUCAGUGAUCAGGGUUCUUCUCUCUUUUUCUUGGGUUAUUAAAUAUUAUCUCAGAGUAAACCAUCUAUCUGAUGAUUUUCCACUGACUGAUACUUUAUUUGUGAAUGCAAUACUAUUUGUGAAAUAAAACUGCCUUAUUAGGAUAUUUAA